GAGAGGGAGGAAGUGCAACCUUGACCACCCUAGGUCAUUACCAAGCUAAGAAGGCGGAAGACACAACUUCUCUCGGCUCUUCCAAAGAACAGUCGAUCUCAUCUGUUGCUCCAUCUGCUCCUCGCUUCACUCUAGUUUCGGAUUUCAUCCCACCUGACUUCGGAGAGAGAAUCUGCCGAAAGAAAUCCUAAGUAACUCAAAGUCUAAAUAUGAAUUUACUCUGGAGUCUGUGUGGACUCGUCCUGCUCGUCAUAGCAACAGUUGAAGGUCGCGUAGCAUUCAUAAAGAGUACUGGUCUAAGUUAUGGCGGCUUUUCCUACUUCACUAUUCGAAAUGUCUCGCUUCACGAAUGCCAAAGAUGGUGUCGAGACGACACAGAAUGCGAAGCGGCGGCAUUCGAUUAUUCAGUCAGAAUGCAGGAUGGACUUCCAGAAACGACAUGCACCCUUCAAAACGACACUUCCGCCGGCAAGAGCAAUGUCGCACCUAAAAGAGGAAAACACACCUAUUACCUUACCAAGAUGAAUAUCAAUUCAGAUCACCUAUGCGAUAGAUUGUGGACUUUUGAAUGGAUUCCCAACAAGAUUCUUCGAGGUUUAGACAACGCUAUCAUCUUCACUUCCAACAGAGAAUCGUGUCUUGCCGCCUGCCUUUCUGAAGUAAGAUUCGUGUGUAGAUCAGUAGAGUUCAACGUGGUAACUCAUGAGUGCCAUCUCAGCGAAUUCGAUCGUCGAUCACCAGGAGCAAAUGUCCAUCUUGUAGACUCACAAGGAAUUGAUUAUUUGGAGAAUUUCUGCUUGCAAUCUUCAAUGGUAUGCCCAGGUCCCAAGCACUACAAUUAUCUUCAGGUUGGAUUAUCACAAGCAGCAGUAACAAGUUAUGUUCAAUACAACUACUAUCCCGAUAAGCAGAUUGUGGUGAAUAGUCGGCAAGAUUGCCUACAUCAAUGUACUACAGAAGAGAGCUUUAUCUGUCGUUCCACUCUUUUUAAACCAGACACAAGACCAGGAAAGGCUUUAUGCGUUUUGUACCAUCUGGAUCACACAGCCUUCCCAGGAGGAUCGGAUGAUAUGUCUACGGCCAAUCCUCAAGCAGUCAUUGGCGGUGAAAGAUCUCGGUUUUAUUUAGAAACAGUCUGUGGCAAUGGACCAGCUGAAGGAUUGUUCAACCAAGUGCCAGAACAAAAACCGGAAUUUCUGCACGAUACUACACCAAAAACUGCUGCGGUGAUGGAAGCGGAACAAGACGCCUCUUGCGAUGGUUAUGGAGUGUGCUACGAUGUUAAAAUCAGAUGCAGUGACACGAAGAUUGUUGUAUUUGUGGAAACUUCUCGUCCAUUUCAUGGCCGGGUGUAUGCUUUAGGAAGAAGUGAAACAUGUAACGCACACAUCCACAACAGUCAAAACUUCCAAUUGGAUCUGUCACUUACUGGACAAGACUGCAAUACGCAAUCCUUAGCUGGAGUUUACACAAAUACAGUGGUAUUGCAGCAUCACAAUGUUGUUCUAACUAAAGCCGACAAAAUGUACAAUGUUCGAUGUACUUACGAAACGACGUCCAGGAACGUUUCCUUCGGAAUGAUUCCUGUUCGUGAUCCAGCCACUCUAGAGGUAUCUGGAGCACCAGAAGCUCCAUUGCCCCAAAUUGUCAUCCUAGGAAGGGAUGGAAGAGAAGCAGGUACUGUACGAAUUGGUGACAGACUCACGUUUCACAUCGAGAUUCCAGAAGACACUCCAUACGGAAUCUUCGCUCGAAGCUGCUACGCUAUGGCCAAAGAUGGAAGGAGUACAUUUGAAAUUAUUGAUGAUAGGGGGUGCCCUGUCGAUCCCGUUAUUUUCCCAAGAUUUCUGCAAGUAGGAGGUGCUCUUGAAAGCUCCUACGAAGCUUUCCGAUUUACGGAAUCCUAUGGAGUUAUCUUUCAAUGUAACGUCAAAUACUGUGUUGGAAAAUGUGAACCGGCAAUGUGCGGUGAUUAUUUGAGUUUAUCUCGAGAGGAGUCGUGGGGACGUAAGAAGAGAUCUGCAUCUUCAGAUUCUGGACCCAUGGAGGAUGAAAUGACACUCAGCAAAGAGAUUUUAGUUUUGGAUUUUGGUGAUGAAGCUGCAGCUACAUCGCUACAUACACCAAACUCCGCCAAUGAAACCAUCGCCAUUCAUCAGUCAAUUGGUAUUCUCGAUGAUUGUGCUUCUAGAACAUCGAUAAUGGCUCUUGGCGUUACAACUGCUUUGCUUCUGGUCAUCUACAUCUGCACUGUAGCUUACUUUGUAGCACACCAGAGGGCGGAAAAAGAGUUUAGAGGCUGAAUUAAAUUGGAACCAAAAUAAAAGAUUCAAUUCAUUUUAUAGAGAAUUGGAGAGCAAUAAUCUCAAAGAGUUGCUCUUAACUUUCCUAUGACAUGCAAGUUUCUGUGAUUGACUGAAAACUCUUUAAUAUUUAUUUUUGUAUAAGAACAAAGUUCCUUUUUUUAUGAAUUUGUAAAGUAAUUCUUAUUUGUGUUCUUAUAAUUACAAUUCUCUAAUGUAAUAUGUAAUGGUUUUCUUUAGAAAUGCCUUAACAAAAUAUUUCUUAUUUGCAUAGUUUAGUAUGUGAAUUCGCUGUAUGGAUAUUGAGUAAUAUAAUAUCCCUUUUUGACCCUUCGAUUAUUUACGCAGUAUAUUCGCGUUUCAUUUUAAAAGCAACUAAAAUUAUUGCUUUUAGAUUCAUCGUAAUAUGAUUUAAUUUUAGAACAAAAACAAUAGCACAUGUUUCAGUCACCGCUUUGGAAAAAUUAAAUUUUGUUGUAUUUAUAGCUAUUCUCUUAUAAAAUGAAAUUUAAAAAAAAGACAUUAACUGAUUAACCUAACUCUGAACAAAAGUUUCACCUUUUAUUUCCACUUGCUUUUAUUUUAUUUCAUACUAUUUUCAAUUAGUAAUUAUAAAUAUUCACUCAAAAAAGUCCAGCUUUCUGAUGAAAUUAAUUUCGAUUUAUAUUUUUAACUUGAAACACGAAAAUACACUUUUGUCAUCGCCUUAUUGGUUUAUGACUGUUAUUGUUUCGUGAGAAUUGCGAAUGAAAUGGGAGAAAAAACUUACAUUAAUUUUGUGUAAUUUGAAAAGUGUUUGAAAUUAAAAAUAAUUAUUAAAUUAAUGUAAUAUUACAUUAAGCCUUUACUUAAUACCUCAAAUUUCAAAUUACUUAUGCAGUUUUUAAAUUAGAUUUUUUAUUUUACUUUAGCAUACUUUUAAAAAAAAUUACUUUGAAACUAAUAAUCCUUCUUAGCUGUUUAAACAUUUUUUUAAUUACAGACAAAUCAAAAAAAUAUUCUAAUGAAUUAAAUGAAGUUUAUUCCUUCUAAUGCGUAAUUUCUAGCAUCGUUUUUAUAUGCUAAGAUGAAACUGAUUAAAAGUAUUGUAUACAUGUGGAUUAAACCAGCUUUUUGUCUUUUACCAAUUAAAACUAUUUUUUCACUUUUUUUAUUUAUUGUAGUUCAAAAGUAUUUGUUCAUUCAAAUGUAGCAAAUAAUACUUCUAUGGUGUCAUGACACUGCCAAUCAUUUUUAAUUUAUUAUUUUCAUUUAUUUAUUAUAUUAUUUAUUUAUAUCAUUAUUUAUUGUUCAUAUGAAAUAAGAUCAUCAAAUGCUCAUUGAUAUUAUUUGUUCAUCUUGCUUCGGGCAGCUAUUUGUUUAUUUGUAUUAUAAAGCACUAUGAAAAUAAUAAGCGUCAUUAUCUGUUCGUACAAUGCAUGUUGUUAUUUUAUAAAUUGAAAGCUUUUAAAAUAAAACUAUUUUGCAAUAUUUUUCUAAAGUUGAUACCGUAACUAUUUUUGUAUGCAACCUUAACUCGUAGUCGAAAAAACUAAUGGCAUCAAGUGUACCAUUAUUUUUUUUAAACUACAUAAACUACAUCGUAGACAAAAAUGAUAGUAAUAUCAAUGGUACCAUUAUUUUUUCUUGAAUUACAUCAUAGACAAAAAUAAUGGUAUCAAUAUUAAAACGAAAAUAUAAUGGUAUCAGUACUAAUUUAGAAGCAACCACAGCAAAUAUUUCAUAAACAGAAAACUUCCAAAGAGUAUCAGACUUGGAAAUUAAUCCAUCUACUAUUUACCUAUUUUAUUUACCUGUUUUAUUUACCUAUAAUUUACUUAUAGAUGAUAAGUAAUGGUGUCAAGUUAAAAAAAUAUUUUUACUCGGUAUUCUUUAAUAUUUAUUUUUACUAAAUUUACAAUUUCUGUUCCAAUUUUAAGUAGUAUUAUUAGCAUUUUAACAAUCUCGGUGCUUUUACGCUUACAUCAUCAUCUAUUGAAGAAUGAAUCUAAACCAUUACUCUGUAAAAUACUAUAAUGUAUCAUUAAACUAAAGAAGCAUAUAGCUAAAUUCUCUUAAUAAUUUUUCAAAAUUUGGCUAAAUAUUGAAAUUUAGAAUAAUCAUUAAAAUGUUUGAACUGAUUUCAAUAUCGUUUUUUCAUACCAGCAUAAAAAAGAAAAUACCUCUGGAAGUUUGCACUUUGAAUGUUCUCAAGAUUUACUCAAUAAAUACAUUCGAAUAAAUAUUGAUGUAAAUAAAUUUUGAGAACCUACAUUAAAAUGUAUAUGUCUUAUUAUUUUCGUAGUGCUUGGGGUUCAUGAGUAAUUUAUUCAAAGGGUUGUGAUAUGUUUUUGAAUGGCUUUAUGUGUUUUUGUUAAAAAGCUACUGUAUUUUAUGAUAACUUAUUUGUAAGAAGGUUUUAAAAUAAAAU